UCCUCAUUUCUCUCUGUCUCUCUCCCUCAAAGUAAAAAAAGAUGCCGGCCGUCGGCGUUGCUACCGGUCCCGGCAACGGGAAAGAAUACCCAGGAAAUCUGACCAUCUUUGUCACCAUCACUUGUAUAGUGGCUUCCAUGGGCGGUCUCAUAUUCGGUUACGAUAUUGGAAUUUCAGGUGGAGUUACUUCUAUGAAUCCAUUCUUGGAGAAGUUUUUCCCGUCGGUUUACAGGAAACAGAAUGAAGACAAGUCUGUGAACCAGUAUUGCAAGUUUAACAGCGAGACUUUGACUUUGUUCACGUCUUCUUUGUAUUUAGCGGCACUUAUCUCGUCACUUGUGGCAUCUACGGUUACGAGGAAGUUGGGUCGGAAGUUAUCUAUGUUGGCUGGAGGUGUUCUGUUUUUGAUCGGAGCUUUCAUAAAUGGAUUUGCUCAGGCUGUUUGGAUGCUUAUUUUCGGUCGUAUUCUUCUAGGUUUUGGUAUCGGAUUUGCUAAUCAGUCGGUACCAUUGUAUCUUUCGGAGAUGGCACCAUAUAGAUACCGAGGAGCACUCAACAUAGGAUUUCAGCUCUCCAUCACAAUCGGUAUUCUCGUUGCCAACAUCCUCAACUACUUCUUUGCAAAAAUGAAGAACGGCGAAGGCUGGCGUUAUAGUCUCGGCGGUGCCAUGGUACCCGCCAUCAUUAUCACGGUCGGAUCUCUCCUCCUUACCGAAACUCCCAACUCCAUGAUCGAACGUGGAAAACACGACGAGGCCAGGGACAAGUUACGUCGGAUAAGAGGUGUCGAUGACGUGGAUGAAGAACUGAGGGAUCUGGUGGCUGCUAGCGAGCAGUCGAGACAAGUGGAGCAUCCGUGGAGGAAUUUGUUGCAACGCAAGUAUAGACCUCAAUUGACAAUGGCCAUUCUCAUCCCUUUUUUCCAACAACUAACAGGAAUUAAUGUCAUCAUGUUCUAUGCCCCGGUUCUUUUCAAGACUAUCGGGUUUGGGAGUGAAGCCUCCCUCAUGUCGGCCGUCAUUACUGGCGUGGUGAAUGUCGGGGCUACCUUGGUUUCGAUUUACGGUGUCGAUAAGUGGGGUAGAAGAUCUUUGUUCCUAGAAGGUGGCAUUCAAAUGUUGAUUUGUCAAAUUGUAAUUGCGGCAUGUAUUGGUGCCAAAUUUGGGGUGAAUGGGACUCCGGGAGAACUACCCAAGUGGUAUGCCAUAGUUGUGGUUCUCUUUAUUUGUCUUUAUGUCUCGGCUUUUGCUUGGUCAUGGGGUCCAUUGGGAUGGUUGGUGCCGAGUGAGAUCUUUCCGUUGGAGAUCCGAUCAGCUGCCCAAAGUAUU